CGCUUGGGCGCGCGGCGGCGCGAGUGGCCGCCUGGGACCCGGCUCAGGUGCAGACCGACCUCACCCCCUCAGGCUCUGAGGGCGGAUGAUUGCGUCACUAGGAGCAACAACUCCGCGUUUGCAUCCUUCUCCGGCUUCUGACGUGCUGCCCUGACGCCAUAGCCCCGAGGGGGCGGAGGACAGGGUUGGGAGCUUUGAGGACCUCAUGGAGCCCAGAGGGACCAAGAGGAAGGCUGAGAAGCCCGAGGUGGCACAGCCUUGGGCCAAGCUCCCGCGCUCGGCGCUGUCGCUGCGCACGGAACCCUCUCUCUACUCCGGAGCCUUCCCUUUCUACCGGCGCCCGUCCGAGCUGGGCUGCUUCUCGCUGGACGCACAGCGCCAGUACCACGGCGAUGCCCGAGCCCUCCGCUACUACAGCCCGCCCGCCGCCCACGGCCCGGGCCCCGACUUCGACCUCAGAGACGGGUACCCUGAGCGGUACCAGCCCCGGGACGAGGAGGUCCGCGAGAGGCUGGACCAUUUGCUCCGCUGGCUGCUGGAGCACCGGAACCAGCUGGAGGGGGGUCCAGGCUGGCUGGCAACGGCCACGGUGACAUGGCGAGGGCACCUGACAAAACUGCUGACCACACCGUACGAGCGGCAGGAGGGCUGGCAGCUGGCGGCCUCCCGGUUCCAAGGGACACUGUACCUGAGCGAGGUGGAGACCCCGGCCGCUCGGGCCCAGAGGCUGGCGAGGCCUCCGCUCCUCCGGGAGCUCAUGUACAUGGGCUACAAAUUCGAGCAGUACAUGUGCGCAGACAAGCCUGGAGGCUCCCCGGACCCCUCCGGGGACGUGAACACCAACGUGGCCUUCUGCUCCGUGCUGCGCAGCCGCCUGGGGACCCACCCGCUGCUCUUCUCCGGGGAGGUCGACUGCCUGAACCCGCAGGCGCCGUGCGCGCAGCCCCCGUCCUGCUACGUAGAGCUCAAGACGUCCAAGGAGAUGCACAGCCCUGGCCAGUGGAGGAGCUUCUACAGACACAAGCUGCUCAAGUGGUGGGCCCAGUCCUUCCUCCCCGGGGUCCCGCACGUCGUCGCCGGCUUCCGGAACCCAGAGGGUUUCGUCUGUUCCUUAAAGACCUUCCCUACCAUGGAGAUGUUUGAAACCGUCAGGAAUGAUCGAGAAGGCUGGAAUCCGUCGGUGUGCAUGAACUUCUGUGCUGCCUUCCUUAGCUUCGCCCAGAGCGUGGUAGUCCAGGACGAUCCCAGGCUUGUCCACCUCUUCUCCUGGGAACCCGGUGGCCCUGUCACCGUGUCUGUCCAUCGGGAUGCACCCUACGCCUUCCUGCCCUCGUGGUAUGUGGAAGCUAUGACCCAAGACCUCCCGUCACUCUCAAAGGCGCCCUCCCCCAAGGACUGAGGACACACAAGUCUGGGCUCUGUGCAGAUAAUAAAGGCGUGUUUCUAA